AUGCCACCAUCAAACGUGACAAACAUCUACCGCACCACUAGCAUUGGACACCUGAAUGUCGUUCAUCUCCUGUUGGAACAUGGUGCGACCGUGGCUGCGCGGGAUGUAAACAAGCGGACACCGUUGAUGCUGGCCGCAGAGGGGGGACACGUCGAUAUCCUUCGCGUCCUUUUCGAUCACGGCGCCAAUGUGGAUGAUCGUGAUUGUUUAGGUCAUACGGCACUCCAUCGUGCGGCGGAAAAGGGGAGCGUCGCCUCUGUCAGCCUGCUUUUGGAUCGAGGCGGCGACAUAGCGGGACGAGAGAAAGGUAGUCAUAUCGAGGCAUGCGAUGGAAAGAGCCGCACUGCGCUGUACUUCGCUGCCCAUGAAGGGCAUCCCGAAGCUGCGCGUCUCCUCCUGGAGCGAGGUGCUCUCGUCAAUGCGCGCGAUCGCUUCCUGUACACCCCUCUCCAUCGUGCGUCUGAGCGGGGGCACUCCGAUGUCAUCCAAGUCCUUGUCGAGCACGGCGCGGAGGUGGAAGCACGAGACAUCGAAGGACGAACUCCCUUGUACCACGCAGUCUGUCACAAGCACGAGCGGUCGCUCGCGUUCGUCUGGCUGUGA